GCCCUUGGUCCUGGAAGGGCGGCUCACCUUUCUGCACGCGGCCAUUGCUGGUGUGGGGAAAGGUGGCUCUCGCAGCACGAUCUUCGCCUUCGAGGAACGGCCUGAACAAAGCAAUGCGCAGCCAUGGGUUGAAGAUUUCGGUGGCAAAGCCGAGUCAGUUCGGACGGUGGAGUGCGCCGAUCUGCUGCGGGUCUUCGGAUACGCCGUCUACAUGAAGAUCGAUGUCGAGUCGAGUACCAUCGAUUGCUUGGAGUCCUUAGCGGAAUCCCAAAGUGAAGGCAAUCGCAGUCCGGUGCCCUUGCCCAAGUUUUUAUCCAUGGAGUUGGAGGCGGCCUCCCUGUUCGAGCGAUUCUAUGAGAACCUACAAAGGAUGGGUUAUCUCUUCUACAAGGCCUGUCGUCAGUACAUCUACUCCCCCGCCCCCUGCGAGCAGGGCCGAUACAGCCGGGAGGUGCCCGGCUGCGGCAGUGGCCCCUUCGGUACUGCCGCGGUGGACUACCAACAGGGCCUCAGGUGGAAGGGGCUCUCCGAGCUCCCCUCAGACCGUCGAUGGGUUGAGGAGUUCGAAAGUGGCCUUGAUUGGUUUGAUUUACACGCAAUGCGAGUCGCCUGAGCGCGGUAGAAAGAAA